AUGGAAGAACAAUUUCAAGCAUUAUUCGACAAAAUAAAAAACGAAAUGCAAAAACAAAAUCUUGAACUAAAGGAAUCAAUCACGGAAAGCAUUAUGGAAAAGAUGGACGAAAAACUAAUAAAUAUCGUCGAGGAAAAUAAGAACUUAAAAAAGAAAGUGGAAAAUCUAGAGCGAGAAAUUGAGUAUUUUAAAAGAUUAGAAAGAUAUAAUAACAUCAUAAUAUUCGGUUUAGAAGAGAAAGAAAAAUCCUCACACGACUUAACAUUAAAUCUAAAAGAAAUCAUAAAGCAAGAUUUAAAUAUCAAUGUAGAAGAACAUGAAGUCAAUAAAAUCCACCGCUUGGGAAAGAAAAUGAGUGAAAACAAUAAACCAAGACCCGUAUUGUGUUCAUUUACUAAUAACUGGAAAAAAUACGAUAUUAUGAAAAACAAAAAUAAUCUUAAGGAAAUCUAUGUUACUGAAGACUUUUCAAAGGAAGUUCUUGCAAAACGAAAGGAGCUACAACCAAGAUUAACUGAGGAAAGACAAAAAGGAAACAUAGCCUAUCUAAAAUAUGACAAACUCAUAGUAAAAGAAAAGAACGGCAACCAAGAAAAAAGGAAAAGGGAGACAUCAGCAUCCCCUUCCUUAUUCAAUAAGAACCAGCCAAAAAGCAGCAGACUUUAA